GUGACUCACCACACACCCUACGCGUACGAUGAUAUGAGGCACGAGCUGUUUGCAGACAGUUGAUACUUCAAUACUCGUCGUGUUAACGCGUGUGGAAAAUUCGCAGUUUCGCUUUAUCUGUUUUAAAACAUUGGCACAAUGUCACACACUGUGACUAUAACGAGGACGACCGCUACCACAUCUGGCACAGCCUUGUUCGUGAACACGGGCUACCUCGGUACCUUACCAGGACUACUCAAACUUGCGCAACUGCUGCUGGGCGCGGCUUGUGUUGGCGUCGUCGGGUAUUACUUAGAACCGGGCUACACGCGCUACAAUGGACAGAAGCCUGAACUGUUCUUCCUUCUUGUAUCAGUCGCCUUCCUCAUCGGAACAUUCUGCCUAUUGCUCUCCUGUCUUAUAUCAUUUACAACAGCCUCGAUGAUAUCCAAAACAAUCUAUGAACUGAUCUACCAUGGCCUAGCGUUCGUUCUUUACCUGGCAGCGGGUCUCACGCUGAUGAUAGAAGUCAAUCACCAGCGCAGUGGAUACAGAAGAGAUUUUGAGCCGUAUUUAGCCGCUGCGAUAAUGGGAUUGGUUAUGGCAGUUCUCUAUUUAUUAAGCACGUUCCUGGCAAAUCGAUCUUAUCGUGGACUUUAAGAAUUAUUAAUAAUUUAUAUAUUACAGUUUAUUGCAUUUUGUAAGAUUUUUAAUGAUUUAUUUAGAUAAAUAAGACUCUAUAUUUAUUUGUUGCUUCAUUUGAUGUAUCUUGUAUUGUGUCAACUUUACCAUGAAUAUUAUAAGUGUCGGAACGUAAAUCUAGCGCUGAACGAAACGUGGAGGGGAUAGCUGCGCAUGGGUACUGUCGCGCACACAUUACAAAUAUAACUUUAAUGAAUUAAUAGUAUAAUAAUAAUAUUAAUGACAUUAUUUUAAUGUAAUGACAAAUAAUUAAACUAGCACAGGGCGGAAUGUACCAGUGGGAGGCUCCAUUGCACAGGAUGCCGGCUAGAUUAUGGAACCACAACGGCGCCUGUUUCUGCCGUGAAGCGGUAAUGUGUAAGCAUUACUGUAUUUCGGUCUGAAGGGCGCCGUAGUUAGUGAAAUUACUGGGCAAAUGAGACGUAACAUCUUAUGUCUCAAGGUGACGAGCGCAGUUGUAGUGACGCUCAGAAUUUAUGGGUUUUUCAAUAAUUCUGAGAAGCACUGCAUUGUGAUGGGCAGGGCGUAUCAAUUACCAUCAGCUGAACGUCCUGCUCAUCUCAUCCCUUAUUUAUAGCGUAUGGGAACCCAGGUUUUGUUGAGAACGCAAAUAAUACUUUGAAAAAUUAUUUAAUAUUAAAGUGUUAAGUAAUUCUGUACAAAGUUAAUUACGUGCCAGAGUCGUCAAAAAAUUCUCAACAAUAGAAUAUGUAUGUGUGCGUGAGUAUAUGUGCGUGUAUUUAACAGUGCAACUCAAGCUUAACAAUAAACAACUUAAAAAAUGUCAGCCAAUAACAAUAUAAUUCAGAACGUGACUGUACACUGGAAGUGCCCGGGGUGCCGUAUCGGUACGGGGGAGGGAAUACGACUGGCGAGCCAAUCGGCACUAAGCAAGUUCGCCCUUCACCGCUCUAACCCCCCUUCACCCCUCUAAGCCCCCCAAGAUACCUUUUAACUUCAGCGCUAGACUUACAUGCCGCCAUUUAUACUUUAAUAUCCGGACGACCGAGCCUUGCUCGGAUUUUUAAGAAUGUACAAAACUUGAACAAAAAAAAACUAAUAGGACAUCUGGAUUCGAACCGGUGAUCCGGAAAGCUUCUGCUUUCCGGAUCACCCAAUGUCCCAUCUGAGCUAUAAUAGUCAUGUAUAUAGUGGCGAAAUUUACCUUUGUAUUCUAAUGUUAUUGUAGCUGUUUCUCAUUCAAACAUGGAUAAAACCAUUUUUUUUUAAUUGAACCUAGCUAGAUCGAUUUAUCACCCCCGAAAUCCCCUGCAUACUUAAUUUAAUGAAAAUCGUUGGAGCCGUUUCCGAGAUUCAGAUUAUAUAUAUAUACAAGAAUUGCUCGUUUAAAGAUAUAAGAUAAGUUUCUAUGACGCACAGAAAUAUUAAUAUUUAUUAACCUUUACCGAUAAGUAAUAAUGUUAAUGUAAAAAACCAUAGUUUUAUAAAUGUAGUAUUUCUAAUGCAAUUAUUAAAUGUUUCUGUUACUUAUUUACGCAUUUUAUGUUAUGUUAAAUAACAGUUUACUAUUAAGUACCUACUCUCCGGCCAAUUAAUUGUUUUAUAAUUUCGUAUCUGAGAUUUAUUUUUUAGAUUUAAGCUAAUAUAACUUAUGUUUUCUAAAGAACUUUUUAGGCAUAAGAAUGACUAAUAUUUUUCUAGUUUAUUUUUAGUUCAUAAGUUUUUCAUAUAUAUUCUAGAACUCCAAUACACAAGUAAAACAUUCAACUUAUCAUAUAGUAAUUAUAGUUUUUAUAAGAAUUGACUGUAACAAUGUGAAUCUGAGCUUUAAAGUUGCAUCGGCGACGGGUUUUCUUGCAAACUGAGUUCUUGAAAUAUUUAAAGAAAAAUUACAUGAAAAGAAAAAUGAAAAUGUGUAACUCCAACUUACAAGAGAAAGAAUGGAAUCUUUAUUCAUAAUCAAAUAAUUAAAAUAUCUUACUGCUGCUGAGAAUUACAGCGUCAAAAAUCAUGAAUUUGUAUAAAAAAUGUAAUACGUCUCUUAACUACCCCGACAUUGUUUUAGCUGAGUUUAACUUUAAAGCUUUUUAGUAGCUGUGUUCCUAUAUGGUCCUGUGGGGACAGAUAUAGUGCUCAGUCGAAACCACUCCCUUUUCAAUACCAUGUACCAAGAAAACUUGAAGCAUUUCCACUUAAGGCGCGGACUGACAAGGAUUGUAAACGCUUCAACCAACCCUACAAUAUUUGUGUUGAACAUGUUGCUAAGCUGCAUAUAGGCAUUUAUUACUGAUUUUCUUUUGUUCAUUCAAAAUUUACAUAUUAUUAAAUUGAAAAAUUGUUCGGUUUAAGUUUUUGAAAAGUACUUAUUCUAUUAAAUUCUUUAAAAAUUGAAUGUUGUUAUAGCUGCAACAUUUGGAGAUUUUUGACUCCAAAGUUUAUUUUUGGGAAGCAACUUCGAAAUUUUUUAUUGGAUAUUUCAAAUUAUAUAUAAAUAUUCUAUUGGGUUAAAAUUUUCUUUAAGUCCUUCUUUGUGCACUGUAUUUUUUGCGUCGGAAUAUUUUCAUUUCGUUUAGUUAUUAUCGACUCUCUAAGAAACCAAUUUUUAUGGAUAUUGAGGUAUGACCGCGCCUUAAGACAGCGGGUCUGUAUCGAUGACCAAAAUAAAUGUCUUAAUUUUGGUAUCGAGUAUAGCUCGCCCUGCUAUACGUAUAAAGGCACAAAUGCAUUUAUUUUCUCAAAAUUGAUGUUUUAGAAUUCUUUUUGAUGUCACUUCUAACACUACCACUUCAGAAACAAAUAGUUCUCUGAGAGAGAAGAAACUGCGUAAAAACUCUCCCAGCAUUCUUUUUUGCGCUCUUUUUAAUGAAAUAUACAAUAUUGUACUGUCAUUGUUAUUACUAUAAAUUAAUAAUUAUAAUCUAGUCCCAGGCUAUCCGAUCACUUAUCAAUCCGGUCGUAAGCAAAAUCGGUUGAAAUAAAAUUAUUGUGUUUAGACGAACGCUACAGAUAUUACGAAGGCGAACCAAGAAUAUUAGGUCAUUUAAAAAAAAGUAUUAGUUUAUCAUGUUUUAUCCAAGGAUGAUGAAUCUAGAGUUCUUGUUUCAAAUAUUUGUCUUUUAAUAGGAUUCACAAAAGUUGCGAUAGAGCUUUGAGCUUCCGGAAGUGCCUCUAUUGAGUAAACAAAGCUUUCAAUGUAUUAAUAAAUUUGUAAUUUUUUA